UCUUUAUUGCUUUAUUAUUAGCUACGUAUUUCUCCCCCUUUUUCUUUUUUUCUUUUUUCUUUUUUACGCUCGCGGGCUCACGCCGGCUCACGCGCGCGCACGCACGCACAACGCACACGACCAUUGGCUGAAAUGGACUUCACGUUCACGUGCAGUCCCGUCGUGUACCACCAGGUGUCGGCCCGACUCUACACAUCCCAUCCUAAAAGACUCGUCCAUGCCUUGCUCUUACAGGGGUGUUUGCUUUUGCUGUGUUUGGCAGCUAUCCAGAGUGGUCAUGCUGCAGUCCAGACGUGCAUGGAUAAGCACCAGGUGGUUGGGGUGCUCCGUCAAAUGGAGAAGUUUCUGAAAGGCCAGGAGAUGCGAUUUACAGAGGGUCUCAGGAUCAUGAAGUCAAAGCUGGCAACGCUUCAGAACUCUGUCUCCAAGUUACCUCAGGCAGACCAGUCAGCUGCUCCCACCACCUGCCCCUCCCUGGAAGCCCCUGCUCAUGGAACCAAGUUUGGAUCAAAGUAUUUUGUUGGACAUGAGGUCCAUUUCACUUGUUCCCAGGGCUACCAUCUUGUCGGUUCUGCCACACGUGUUUGUCGGGACAAUGGCACUUGGACUGGCAUUAGUGCUGUUUGUAAAGAUAUUAGUGAGUGUGCAAGUAAUCCCUGCCAAAAUGGAGGUACCUGUGUGGACGGUGUGAACCAGUACAAAUGCAACUGCCCCCAGAAUUGGAGUGGCUCUCACUGCCAGCACCAAACCCAGACAGCACCACCUGAGUGGAGUGUUAUGAAUGAUCCAGCAUUCAGCCGGAGACCUCGCUGUGCCCAAGUGAACCGAGCCCAACACUGCAGCUGCGAUGCAGGCUUUCACAUGAGUGGCACCUCUGACAACAGUAUCUGUCAGGAUGUAAAUGAGUGUGAAGUGUACCGGCUGGACCAAGGAGGGAAGCUGUGUGUCCACGAGUGUGUGAAUGUCCCGGGCUCAUACCACUGCUCUUGCCCCAGCGGCUACAAGUUGCUCCCAGAUGGGCGUAGCUGUGAGGAUGUGGACGAAUGUUUAAGCCAGCAGCACAACUGUAGCCGAGGGACAACUUGUAUCAACACGGGAGGAGGCUUUCAGUGCGUCAACCCAGAGUGUCCCCGUUCUCAUGGCAACAUCAGCUAUGUCAAGACAUCUUCCUUUCAGUGUGAGAGAAACCCUUGCCCCAUGAACAGCCGUUCCUGCCACCUGGCUCCUAAGACCGUGUCCUUCCACUACCUCUCUCUGCCCUCCAACCUGCAGACUCCUGCCACGCUUUUUCGAAUGGCGACCGCAGCCGCCCCUGGGCGCACCGGGCCGGACAGCCUGCGCUUCGGCAUAGUGAGCGGAAACGCCCGUGGCAUCUUCGUCAUGCAGCGUUCAGACAGACAGACUGGUGAGCUGAUACUGGUCCAGCAGCUGCGCGGGCCACAGGAGAUCAGCAUUGACGUGGACAUGUCUGAGUACAGCGACCGCACCUUUCAGGCCAAGCAUGUGGCCAGGGUCCACGUUUUGGUUUCACCUUACAACUUCUGAGAGAAAGGCUUGAAAGGAGAAAAACUAGAAACAGAAAGGUUAAGAGGAACAAGACAGAGUGUGUAAGGGGCACUGAUCUUUCUGAUACCGUUUCUUCCUCCCCUGUCAGAAAUGAAUAUGUCCGAGCUCCCAGUCGCAAACCAGCAUUUGUUUAGUGGCCAUAUUAUCAAAAGAGUGAGAGAGUGACUAGCCAAUAUUUAAAAGUUAUUAAUAUGAAUAUAACAGUAUAUGGCAAAACACAUCAUAGAUGCUUCUAGUAGUAUACUUCAAGUAUUGUCAGUAUGAUCUAGGACUAAUCAUGUUUGACUGAGUGAGUCUGAAUGCAUGAAAACUAGCUAAACAAAAGCAUAAUGAAUGGGUUGGGAGAGAUGGAUAACUGUUUUUGCCAUUACUGUUGCUUUAUGUUUGUAUUUUUAUGUCCAUCAUAGAUUAUGUCUGAGUAGCUCCGGGUCAGGCCCUGGGGCUGAUGCACUGCCCUCGUUUUACGGAUGAUCAGUCCCUUGAAGACAUUAGUGCUCCUGUGGCUCUAAUUUAUUGGAAAUAUUGUUGCUGGUUUUUACAUUGUAACAUACUGUACGCCACAUGUUUAUCUUCCAUCAUAUACUGUAUAUUUGUUUUUUUUGUACUAGCUUGCUUUGUUUGGGACACCAGUCAUUAUACUAAGGGAGUUUUUUUUUUAAACAGUAAAUGCAAUACUGUACCUGGGCAUAUUUCCUCUAAUACUCAUAUUCUGUAUGUUACCCAGAAAUAGCCUCAUUAUAAUCUAAAUCAUAGAUUAUUCGGCAAGCUUGCCAAUGCACUAUAUAAUUUAUCUGGAAUUUUAAUUGUCUCUG